GUGUAAUUGAGCUUCUGUAACAAGGGAAUUUCCCCAGGGUGGGAUCAAUAACAUUUUUUAUUUUAUCAUAUCUUAUCCCUUUGAUCUUCAUUUUGGCUUAUCCUUUUUAACAAAAAAUGAGAAACUGAAGUCUAAAACCAAGAAACACCUGUCAGUCACAUGUUACAAUAUAUUUGCUCACCUACAAAUGGUGUGGUCUGAUACAAAAUGUGUUAUGCUCUAUGUCAUAUAACACAUCUACAAAUAAAUACCAGGAAAUAAAAGCUGGAAUUCUACACCAUCUUCUCAUAUUCAUCUUUUUGAUCUCAAACCCAAAUAUCUUCAGUCUACAGCAAAAAGAAAUAUAUUGGCUUUGCUGUUCCAGUACUUUUCAAGGGGACUCUAUGCAAAUUGGAUUGCAGUUAUUUAAGUUUCCUUAUGUAUAUAUUUCUGGUGAUUCUGUUUUUACUCCAUGGUUUUAUCACAGUACCAUCUUUAUUUAUUUAUUUUUUUAUUUUUGUCCCACCCACUAGCUAGCCCCUCUCACAUAAAAGAACAGAACAUAACAAAACUCUCUCUGUGACUCCCUGCCACGUAUGUUUUUGUUGUUGUUGUUGUUGUUGUUGUUUUUGUUGUUUUGUUUUGUUUUUUUUUUUUUUUUUUUUUUUUUUGCCUUUGACCAUUUCCUGUUUCUCUGGGAUAUAAAUAUGGAAAAAACAAACAAACAAAACAAAAACAACUGCACAUGUAAUGGAUUUAAACGUACAAAACUAUCUUUUUUUUUUUUUUUUAGAUAUAAUGGAAUGGAAUUCAAUUUAUUUUCUCUUUUGUUGUACAAGCACAACAAAACAUUCUUUUGUGACCAAAUAUGAUGUUUAGCUUUAUCUUAGCUCAGCUUAAGCCACACUAAUAAUCCUAGAGGGCAUUUUGCAAAAGCAGCAGUAUUGAUUAGCUCCCACAGCCACAAUAACAACAGAAUGCUUUAACCCAAGACCUUGGUCUGUUGUGUUUGAGUGGAAAAUUGGAAUAAUUCUGAAUAACAUUGGCUUUUUGCCCAUUCUCUGCAUGGAAAUACUUGUGAAGUUGACUAUGCUAAAACCUCAUGUAAGGUAAAGAAAGUCUCUUAGAAAUUAACCUCCUUGAAAACAUACAUAUUAUAUACUGCAAAUAUAAAAAAAUACAAAAAGUGAACAAAUGCAUGUUUAAUGUUAAAUACAAAGUUUGUAAUAUCACACUUGCGCUUUCCAGAAGUAUAUAUAUCAUAUUAAAUAUUACUUAUCAUACUUAACCUUCAGACCAGAGUUUAACCAUCUUUUUUUAAAUAUAUAUAGUUCAGUAAAUAUAAAAAUGUUAUAUAAACAGUGUGAAAUUAAGCAUCACUGAGCACUGUAAAAAGAUUGGAAAGAAUAAUAGACUAUAAUUUAAAUAGAAAGUUUGCUAACUUUCUAUUUAAAGUGAUUUAAAAUAAUAGUUUCGAGUUAGGAAUGGCAUAGCUUAGUGUGUCUGACUGUUUUGGAGAGGUCGUCUCCAUGCUAACACCUGCCUCCAUGAUUUACAUGUUAUUGUUGGGCUUUCAGACAUUUGACUAUUACCCAAACUACUCUGUAGAAAGAUGAUUGAACCUUUUUCCCCCCUCCUUUUUCUUCCUAAUUCAUAAUUAUUCACCAACAACCUUACUUUUUAACUUAUAUUGUUGCAUUUUAUGCCUACAAAAGACUUGGAUUUAAUCGGAAGCAAAAAAAAGUAGAGAAACAUUAUCAAGUCCUAUAGGAUUCUCUCAACGCCAUGCAUAGAGACUCUCUACUAGCAGAAUUAUAAUUAUAAUCGCAGUAUUAUGUACACAGAUUUUAAAGUAUGAAUCUUUUAACUGCUGUUGAACAUAUUUACAAAAUAGGGCUGUGUGUUACAGUCAGGGUUUUUAAAAUCUCUACAAUCAGAAGUGUGUUUAAGACCAAAAUGAAAUGCGCUCAAUAAAAACUCCACAACCAGAAAAAAAUGAAAGGUUCAGUUGAAAAGACAAGAAAUGAAUGUUUUUAAACAACACCAUCCAUCACAGUACAAUACAACACAUCUUUUAUACAGUGCAUAUGAUUAUGAUAUACUGUUCAGGCCUGUAUGUUAUCCAUAUUAGACUCUAAAACCAUUUAUUAUUCAAUCAUAGUGAAACUCGUACGAUUCAUCUGGUGUGUUUUGGUAGUCACGUUCUCCACCCUCGAAAUGCUCAUUUGCAAGUCAUAUUAAAGGAAAGGUGGUUUUAGGAGUGUUGCUUCAGACCUACAGCUGUCAGUGUGCAUGUCAGUCCUGAUGCUCCAUCACCAAAGAGCGAGUAGGACUAGGACACCAUGAUCAGGAAGCGUCAUAUUCUCAAAGAGCCUGAGGUCAAAGACUAUUUGGUCAAAGGAGAGAGAUUCACAAAAUGGAAAGAAGACUCGUCACGCACUGUGCCGGUCACUAUGAAGGUGGAUCCAAAAGGAUUCUUCCUUUACUGGCUAAACUCGAGCAAGGAAGUAGAAAUUGUGGAUGUGGCGACCAUACGGGACACACGGACAGGCAAAUAUGCAAAACUGCCCAAACAUCAAAAGGUUCGAAACACUUUCAACAUGGACUUCCCUGACAGUAAUUACUUAAGCAAGACCUUGACCAUCGUAACUGGUCCUGACAUGGUCAAUCUCACCUACUACAACUUCUUUGCAGGCAAAGAGAAAAUAGUGCAGAACUGGGCCGAUGACAUCUUGGCCAUUGCCUACAACCCCCAAAGGGCCAACGCCUGCAGACAAGUCUACCUGCAAAAACUGUAUGUUCGCCUCACACUGCAAACCAACAAGGAUGGCAAGAUUCCUGUUAAAUAUAUCUAUAAGAUGUUUCCAGCUGACAAGAAAAGGGUUGAUAGUGCACUAUCAGCAGCAAAGCUUCCUAAAGGAAAGUUUGACUCCAUAAAGCCUGAGGUGUUCACUGAAGCUGCAUUCAAGACCUUCCUGCUGAACCUUUGUCCUAGGCCAGAGAUCUAUGAAAUCUUCAGCACAUAUUCUAGCAAGCCCUACAUGACCAAGGAGAUCUUUAGCAAGUUCCUGUAUGAGAAGCAGAGAGACUCGAGGCUUAAUGAAGAGCUUUACCCCCCACUGAGACCUGAUCAGGUGAAGGCCCUCAUCGACAAGUACGAGCCCUCCUCUACUAAUGCUAACCGCGGUCAGAUAACUCCAGAGGGUCUACUCUUCUUCCUAAUGGGGCCUGAGACAACACCUGUGAUAUUAGACAAAAUGGCCCUGUGUCAUGAAAUGAACCAUCCCAUCCCUCACUACUACAUCAAAUCCUCCCACAACACCUAUCUCACUGCCGGUCAGUUCUCAGGUACCUCCUCUCCAGAGAUGUACCGCCAGUGUCUGCUUGCUGGAUGCCGUUGUUUGGAGCUGGACUGCUGGAAGGGCAAACCUCCAGAUGAAGACCCAAUCAUUACUCACGGCUUCACCAUGACAACUGAGAUCCUUUUUAGGGAUGUGAUCGAGGCUAUUGCAGAAAGUGCUUUCAAAACAUCGAAAUAUCCAAUCAUUCUCUCCUUUGAGAACCAUGUGGAUACAGUCAAACAGCAGGAGAAGAUGGCUAACUACUGUAGGACCAUAUUUGGAGAGGCUCUACUCACUGAACCCCUGGAGAAGUAUCCGCUGAAGCCAGGCCAGCAGAUCCCCAGUCCUUCUGAGCUGAUGGGAAAAAUUCUGAUCAAAAACAAGAAGGGCGCCACAGCUCCGGCUAAACCUCCACCAAAGAAAGCACAAGAGGAGACUCCUGCUGAGAACGCAGGAGAGCAGCCUGAGAAACCUGAGAACCCUGAGAACCCUGAGAACCCUCAGAACCCUGAGAACCCUGAGAACCAGAACACUGAACAAGACGAACACCAUGAUGACCACCACGAUGACCAUCACGAUGAACACCAUGAGGAAGAGGAACAAGAUGAGGAAAAGAUGAAGAACUCGGAUGAAGGUACAGCUGGACAGGAAGUAACAGCUUUUGAGGCGAUGUCUUCAAUAGUCAACUAUAUUCAGCCACACAAGUUCAUCUCCUUUGAAAAUUCUAAGAAAAAGAACAAGAGCUAUGCCAUCUCUUCUUUUGUGGAAACCAAAGGAGAGCAAAUGAUCGCCAAGAGUGCUGUGGAGUUUGUCGAAUAUAACAAGAGACAGAUGAGUCGAAUCUACCCCAAAGGAACACGUAUGGACUCUUCUAACUAUAACCCUCAGCCUUUCUGGAAUGUAGGCUGUCAGAUGGUGGCACUGAACUACCAGACCAUGGAUUUUCCCAUGCAACUGAACAUGGCGCUAUUUGAGUACAACGGGAGGACUGGGUACCUCUUAAAACAUGAUGUGAUGAGGAGGAAUGACAAGACGUUUGACCCUUUCACCGACAAGAUUGACACCAAUGUGCCCAACACGCUCUCAAUCAAGAUCUACUCAGGCCAGUUCCUAUCUGAUAAAAGCGUGAAAACAGCAGUGGAGGUGGAGAUCAUUGGUCUGCCUGGAGACCCCAAACGCAAAUUCCGUACCAAAAACACUGCCACACCAAAUGCCAUCAACCCUGUGUGGAAUGAGGAGCCCUUUGUGUUUGAGAAGAUUCUGUUAACAGAAUUGGCUUCACUCAGGAUAGUGGCCUAUGAGGAAGGCGGGAAAUUCAUUGGGCAUAGAAUUAUUCCCAUAGAUGCCAUCCAGUCAGGAUUCCAUCAUCUUUGUCUGCGUAGUGAGAGUAACAUGCCUCUGAUGCUCCCUACUCUGUUUGUCUACAUUGAGGUGAAGGACUACAUCCCUGCUGCUUUUGCUGAUUUCACAGAUGCUCUCUUCAAUCCAGUGAAGACUACAAAGCCUGCAAAACAGGAGAGUGCUAACUAUGUAAGCAAAUAUGAGAUGCCUGCUGCUGCAGCUGUUCCAGCCCCAGUGCCUGAGGGUGAUGAGGCCCCAGCAGAGGGCAAUGCUAACCCUUCAGAAACACCUGCCUCAGAUGCAGAGCCUAAAGCAGACGCCCCAGAGUCCACUGACAGAGACAAUCCCAAGUCAGAUGACCAGCCAGAGACCUCAGAAGAGGCUCCUCCGACUGAAGCACCUCCACCUGCCGAAGAGACUCCACCCACUGAGCCACCUCCACCUUCGGAAGAGGCUCCGCCCACUGAGCCACCUUCGGAAGAGGCUCCGCCCACCGAGCCACCUUCGGAAGAGGCUCCGCCCACUGAGGCGCCUGCACCCGCAGAAGAGGCUCCUUCCACCGAAGCACCACCACCUUCCGAAGAGGCUCCUCCACCUUCAGAAGAGGCUCCCCAAGAAACUCCUGCACCAUCUGAAACCUCUGAGGCAGAUCCAAAUGAGCUGGCCUCUGUGACCUGUGAUGAACUGCAGCAGCACAAGAACUACCUGAAGGUCACCAAGAAGCAGGAGAAAGAGCUGAAAGAGCUGGAAAAGAAGUUCCAGAAGAAGGGCGAGGAGCUAACUCAGAAAUACAGUGACCUCUUCAAAGCCCUCAAGAAGAAGACCUCGCCGAAGAAGAAUGAGGCAGGGGCUGAGGGGCCAAAAGCAGAGGAAAUCAAUGAUCUGAAAACGAAGCUGCAGACGGAGCUUCGAUCGUUGUGGGUGGAGAAAUACGAUCAGCUGAAGAAGAAGAAAGAGCAGCAUGCCUCCGAGUGUUUGACCAAGCUGCUGGAGAUGGCUACAGACAGACACGCCAAUGAACUGAAGGCACUGAACAGUGACAAUAAAGGGGGGAAGAAGAAAGAAUCAAAGAGCUCAGGUUCCCAGAAGAGCAGCUUGAAGAAGAGCAAGAGUACGGAACAGCUUGACGAUAAUGACGACGCACAGACUGCAUCUAACGAUCCAUCACAGGAGCAGGAGCAGAAACUGAAGAAGAAACAGGCUGAAACUCUGGCUGACAUCAGAGGCGUGAACAGUCAGAUGAACCAGCAAGCUGUAUCAGAGCAUGCAAAGAAGAUGUGGUCUCUACCAGUUGAUCUUAAGGAAGCAGUGAAUGGCUGUGUAUGCUCUCACUUCCCCGAGCAUGUAGAAAAGGCUGAAGACUCCAAGACAGAGCAGGAUGGCAAUUAUGGCCAAGUUUACCGGGGCUGAUGGCCAUUCAGAUUCCUCUCUUUAGCUCUCCUUAGCACUUCUGCAGGUGUAGUCGAAAGAUGAAAAAAAUUGGAAAAUCAUUCAUCAAUCCACAUGUUGAUACAGUUUUAGAGUGAAACGGGUGCAAAGUGCCAGAAUUUCUCCCAUGAGAUUUGUAGUAAAGCCACUGACACUAUGGUUUAAAGAUGUGUGAGGGUAAACUUCAAUUAUGUAAAAGAGUCAAUCACCUGUAGAACUGUGCUGUUACAUAAAUGUGUCAGUUGUGAUUUUUAGGACAUAUCGAAUCAUUAUUACAAAGGACAUUGGUCUCAAUGGUCUUCAUUUAGCACUUCCAGUUAUUUAUGGCAGCAUUUUGGUAUGUGUACAUACCAAAAUGUGUAUGUGUGUCUGUGUACACACCUUCAUUUAGUACAUAUAGAAUACAAUGUAAUGUUACUUUUUAAGGAGAUGCAAGUGAUGUCUCACUGAUAGCAAAAAUAAACUUAAUUAAAGGUCCCUUAGGCAUAAAUAAUAAUGCAUUAUCUUUAUUGAAUAAUAUUUCUCUUCGAUAUUAUCUAAAAUGUAAUAAAUGUCAAGUUUACAA